GAUCUUGCUUUCUCUUUCUCUUUCUCUUUCUCUCACUUUCUUUCUUUGUGUGCCUCUUACAAUUUCUUAUAUUAUAAUUGUAAUAUUCUCCCACAUAGACAUCCCCUGCUUAGUAGUAUAUAAGACCAAGAGAUUAGAGUUACCCCAAUAGUCCAAUACUUGUUCACUUGGCACAAAAUUCAAAGGCUCAUCAACAAGUACCGAUUUCAGUUGCAUACCCAACAUGGCCUCAUGGAAGAAGACCAUCGCCACCCCAUUCAAAAAAGCUUGCACUUUCUUUAACCAGCAACCCCCAAGGGACCAUAAGAAUAAGUCUCAAACAGCAGAGCAAGAGAACCGGAUUAUGGAUCUGCACGGUGAAGUCAUGGCAUGUGGCUAUGAAGAUGUUCAAGUUAUGUGGUCAAUCCUUGAUAAGUCAAAAUCCACAGCCUGCAAUAUAACUUCUUCAUGACACGAGUGCUUUUUUCCCCUUCUUCUUUCACCUACCAAGGAAAAAAAACAUAUAUAUUCACACCAAAAAAGGUUCUACUCAAGCCAUUAGCAUAUGUUUUAGUAUGCUAAUGUAUUAAGUCAUGAUUGCAUCAUACUAGCUUGUUUUUGCUAGGUGACUAGCUUUGUAAUCUGGUUGUAUGAAUGCAACUCUCAUUGUAGAAAAUGAACAGAGAUUGAUGUGUAGCUGUUUGAUAGGUUUGAAAAUCAGGGACCCUUCUUGUUUGAUGACGGUAGUGGCGGUUUCACUCUGUAAUUCUUGCAAGUCAAGGUGUUAUUAACAGGGAAUCCCCAUGAUUGAUGAGACCAAAUCAUGGAGAGAUUUUUUUUUUUUUUUUAUGAAAUGUACAUUGUUUUCUUCUA